CCCUUGGCAUGUCAGCAGGGGCGUCGCAGUCUUGUUACAGGGUGUGUGUGUGUCUGUGUGUGUGAAUCGAGGCUGCUGCCUGCAGUGUCCACAAAGGCGUAUCCUCUCUGUGUUCGACUCGAGCGGGACCUGUUACCUCAGCCAUGGCGGAUCAGUACCAGUACAACRCCAAUGAGGAGAAAAUCGUAAAGGACAGCCACACGAAAGAGAUCGAUCUAAUUAACCGAGACCCCAAGCAGAUCAAUGAGGACGUGGUGAAGGUGGAGUUUGAGGAUGUCAUUGCAGAGCCAGAUGGGACACACAGCCUGGACGGGGUGUGGAAGCUCAGCUACACCACCUUCACCGUGUCCAAGUAUUGGUGCUACCGUGUUCUGUCUGCUGUCUUUGGCAUCCCGGUGGCUCUGCUCUGGGGCUUCCUGUUUGCCUGCAUCUCGUUCUGUCACAUCUGGGCUGUGGUUCCCUGCAUCAAGAGCUGCCUGAUCGAGUCGCAGUGCGUCAGCCGCAUCUACUCCCUCUGCAUUCAGACCUUCUGUGAUCCCUUCUUCGAAGCUCUGGGCAAGAUUUUCAGCAGUGUGCGUGUGGCGCUGCGCAAGGAGGCCUAGGAACUGCCCACAGCCCGGUGUUGAAGUGUGAUCAGAUGAGGUGUGGUGUCUUUUUUAUACAACCCCAAAUAAGUCCUGGCAUAUUUGCUUUUCUAACUGACUCAUCCUCCUCCCAUUGUAACGCACCGUGUCCCCACCCUCCUGACUCAGACUCAGAGAUCUGAAAAGCCCACUGUGCGUUUUGCCACCAGAGGCGCAGUGGCAGCUGCAGCAGGCGGUACACGGUGACAGCUCUGGCACUUCUAGGUCUUCCUCCCUGAGGAGACAGCAGACGGUCAUUAUGAGAAAACUCUGGGUGUGCACUUUCACUUGUUUCACAAUAAAAGCUGCUUGUUCACAAGAAACAACCUUUCCACAGUUGUGGAUGAUGUUUAUGCUUUACAUGUUAAAAGUUUGUUUUGAAGCUUUGUUUUUUUUUCAGGUGUUAGUUAGCUUCCCUUUGCUCCCAACAAUGCUUAAAGGUAUGAAAAAACGAAAAAGGCCUGGAAACAGCUUCCUUAUUGUUUAUUGUGAUGUUUAUUUUUGUUCUUUAUUUUAAUUUUAAUCUCUAAUGUCCAAAUAGAUUUCUAGAAGAAUACUGACUGUCACCUUUUUACAAAAAUGCAAUGUGUUUAAUUUGAAACUUGUUUUGUUUGAAGAUUUUGGUUCAUGUUUGAUUGGAAAGAUGAUAUUUUACCAAUACAUCAUUUAAGCGUUUGAAGUGUUAUUUGAACAACUAUUAAAAAAUACUAAUUAUUGUGUAAUAGUCUGAGGUGUUAAACAAAGACAGUAUUUGGUCAUCAUUAGUUUUCACCUGAAGACUUUCCAGAACCUUUGGAUAUCAUUUUAAAUAAAAGUCAGUCUUAUUUUGAAAGGGCUAAGCUGCACUGACCAGUGAGCUGUGACCCACUACAGGAUGCUGUUGUGUGUCUCAGACUCAUCACUGAUGGUUCAGUGCCAUCAGCAACCUUUUUUUUUUUUGUAACCUUGUCGCGUUCUGUUCUGGCUGCUUUCUUGUCUUUUCUUUCUUCACAAGUGUUGGAAAAUACAAACUGAGUUUAGCUGCUGCUUAGAAAAAGACACUUUGUUAACAUGCUUUGCAUUCAAUUAAAACUGUGUUGUUCAGAAACAUCAUCUGUGGUCAGAGCUCACUAAAAUAUACUGUAAAUAAAUGAAAAUGUUCAAAAGCUUUUAAAGAA